AUGAGGGACGAUGAGGGAAGAUGGCUUGGAGGUUUCUGCGGUAGACUUGGGUUUGGAAACUCCCUCGUUGCUGAGUUGCGUGGCUUCCUGGAGGGUGUGGAGCAAACGAAGAAGGCUGGAUUCAGAAAUGUUUGCUUUGAAGGAGACUCGUUGGUGGCAGUUAAUUUAAUCAAAAAUGGCUGUGAGGAGAACCAUCCUCUAGCUCAUUUGGUCAACAGAAUUAAAAUGACCAUUGCUGAUGAUUGGAAUACGGUUAUAACACAUACCCACAGAGAGGGGAACAUGCUAGCAGACUGGCUAGCAGCUUACGCACACCAACUAGAUAAUUGA